AUGGCCAAGCGAGUUUGCCACGCGCAGCGCUCGGUCCUCGACUUGGACGUCGUCGUUCUGAACCUCGCCCAAUGCACGGCGUCGCCCACGGACGUUGCGGCCUUUCUCCGCUCGCUGCCACCGGCACUGCUCACGCCACCGCUGGCCGCGCUGCUCGAGGCGCUCCGCAGAGCCAGACCGCGCGGCGAGGUCUUCCCUUCGCUGCUGGCGAGCAUCGACGAUGUGUGGCCCGUCCCGCGCCUCAACCGCAUGUGUACAGAGCUCAUCGAUAACGUGGUCGCCGCGAUGCCCGUGUUUGUCGCUGUCGGCAUGGACGGUCUUGGUUUUGACCCGUGGCCUGCCGAUCGGGGCAACUUUGACUUGUCGUACUCGGCGUUCAUCACCAAGUGCGCGGCCAAGCUCAACGCACCGAGCUCCUGCGCCUUCUGCACCAACAUCGAGUCGAUUGGUCUCCGCCACGACACGCAGGUCCUCGAGGCCGUGACGUCGCCCGCGCACCGCGUCCGUGACAUCCGACUCAGCCUCUACCACGAGACCCCAGAAAACCUGGUGGACGGCUUGCGCAUCCUCGCGCGCUGGCUCGUCUCUGGUCAUGCGCGUCGUUUGGAGCUGGCAAGCUACGCCGUGGAGUACGACGCCGGCCUCGCAGACGCUCUUGCCUCGUCGCCAACGCUCACCAGCCUCUACUUGAACGCGUCCAGCGGCGUGCUUCGCCAGCUCGUGGCGCAUGGCCAGCCGCUACGGCACCUCUGCGUGCUGCAACUCCUCUUGACGACGCUCGGGGAGGCCCAAGCCAUCUUCCCGCUCGUUGACGUAAGCAAACUCACGAAGCUCAGGCUCUUUUGCCCACGCCACGAAGCUAUCACGUUCCUCCUCGCGGCACUCCCGCGCAUGACGGCGCUCGAGGAGCUCGAAGUCAAGAACGGCAAUGUCGGCGUCCUCGAGACGGCGGUCGAAUGGCCCGAGCACUCGGCCAUUCGCAACAUAUGGGUGUUUGGCGCUGCCUUUGCCGGCGACAUCUUUCGAGCGCUUUUGCUCUGGGCCGCGCGCUCCCGCCGCCUCGAACGUAUCGAGUUGCUGCACUGCCGCACGAUGAACCUCAACCUGCAGUCCGUUGGUGAUGCCUUUCGUCGGUGCAUUGUUGCCGGGGUCCGCUACAUUGGCCUGCGCGAGUGUAACAUCAACACUCAAGGCGCGACGCUACUGGCAGCAGCUCUUCAAGGUGACCAUGCACCCGCACCGAUGGAGAUCGAGCUCGUCUUCAACUCGUUUCGGUACGAAGGGACGAUGGCACUGAAGGACGCGCUUCGGUCCUGCACCAGUAUCACAAUCACCGUUUGGAGCACCAAGAAGAAAUUCAAGGCCUACAGCAACCAGCUCGUCGCGCCCAGCGACGGCGUGACCGUCGACGUGAGCCAGGACUCGAAGAUAGUCUUGUGCAGCCCGGCCCCGACGCUCCUCAGCAGGCCGUAG